AUGUUUCUGGCUCGCAAAGCUAUCGUCACCGAGUUAUUCCUCGCGUGUCACAUGGCAGCAAAGCUCGUCUCCGAAUUUGCCACCACAACCCCCCACCACAACCCGUCGCUCCCAAGAAUCUGCGUCAUGUCGGCCAAGAUCACGACCAAGUUCGGCCGAGCUGGGCCCCCAGCACCGCGCCAUGCUGUCACGGUGUACAUGGGCUCUGAUUGGGAAUCGGGUGUUGAGUACGGGACGGACGCCGCUUCAGUAAUUGCCCGAUUUUACGAUGCAUAUCCUCGCAUGAAGCCACAUCGCGAUAUUGUCCAGCUGUCGGAUGCGGUAAUGAAGCAUCUGGGCUCCCUGGACAAGGCUUGCCUGCUGUUUCCGUCACUGCAGUCUGCCAGAGAGUGUGGGGAUUAUGCCACCUCCAGCAGGCGCAACGACGGUAUCGACAAUUGCCCGGUCGCGGUAGAAGACGUGACAAUUCGUGCAUUCGUAGCCAAGGAAGCAUUCUUCGCCGUCAUCUUCCCCGCAGUGCAGUAUCACGUGGUUGUCGGGUUCUGGAAGAUGGUCGGCGCCGGCAUCACGUCCCGCUUCGCCGAGGCCAACUGCGCUCACCUGGACGAGCUCCGGCAAGUCGCUCUGGAGGACGCCGCGAGCAACAGAGACGGCUUUGAAUGCGCGGCACACGAGACGCUGCGACGGCGAAUCCUGUCUCUCGUCCAGCGCGCGGCGCUGCGCCCCGACGUGUCGUCCAGGGUGACGACGGGCGACAUUUACCUCUACCAGUCGGGCAUGGCGUCUAUUUACAAGCCUCACACCUACAUGCUGAACCAGUACCAGGGUGCUUCCGUGCUCUUUGGCAUGUCCUUUAUGGAUACCAUUCUGACGCUCGAGCAGUUCGGCCCCGGGAGCACGUUUUUCGGCUGCGGUUCGGAGCAAGACCUGGUCGAGCUCGAGUCUCAUCUCGGCACCAGCCGGUCCGGGGGGCAAAAGGUGCAGGCGAUCUGGGUCGAAUUUCCGGCCAACCCGCUGCUUCGGAGCCCCGACAUUGCCGAGCUUCGCAGGCUGGCGACGGCGCACGACGCCGUCCUCGUCAUCGAUGACACGAUCGGGUCGUGGGCCAACACGGACGUGCUCGCCAUGGCGGACAUGACGGUCACGUCCCUAACCAAGUCGUUCAAUGGGUACGCCGACGCAAUUGGCGGCGCCGCGAUCCUCAACCCGGCCUCGGCCAAGUACGCGGCGCUCAAGGCGCUGUUCGACGCACAGUACGUGCCCGAGAUGCACGUUCUCGACGCCGAGACGUUUGAGCGAAACAGCCGCGACUACCUGCCACGCUCUGCACGGCUCAACGCCAACGCCAGCGCCGUCGUCGCGUACCUGCGCGCCCGCGCCCAGGACCCGGACAGCAGCGUGCGUCGGGUGCACUACCCAUCCGUGAGCGACACGUACCGGGCGUUUAUGCGCCCCGCGACGGCCGACUUUGCGCCCGGCUACGGAUGCCUGCUGAGCGUCGAGAUGGCGGACCUGGACGCGGCGCGGGCCUUUUACAACAACCUCGACGUGCACAAGGGCGUGCACUUUGGCGCGCCGUUUACGUUGGCGAUUGCGUAUGCCGUGUGCGUGUACUUGAAGAAGGAGGAGUGGGCGGCGCGGUUCGGCUUGAAACAGACGCAGAUUCGCAUCGCGAUCGGGCUCGAAGACACGGAUGCCCUGUUGGAGGAUUUUCGAGUAGCGGUGGAAGCAGCGGAUCAGGCCAAGAGUACAGGAUCAAGUCAGUGA